UUAAAGAAAGACAAAAUACUACUACUACAGUUGCGCGCUGUUGAUUAAUCAGCUGGAAUUUAAAGAGAGAAAUCAAAGAUGGAGUUGGUAAUUCUGUUCAUCGCUUCCCUUUUUGGACUCCUCUUGCUGUACAAUAUGAUCAGAAGGAAGAUAAUGGAAAUAAGAAACAUAACAUCAAAUGUGGUAGUGAUGAAGGAUCAUAAAUCCUAUGGUAAUACGGAUGUUAUCAUUGUCGGUGCCGGCGUUGCUGGUUCUGCUUUGGCCUGCACUCUUGGCAAGGACGGGCGACGAGUUCACGUGAUAGAGAGGGACUUGACUGAGCCAGACAGAAUGGUUGGUGAACUUUUACAGCCAGGUGGCUAUCUCAAAUUAGUUGAGUUAGGCCUUGAAGAUUGCUUGGAAGAUAUAGAUGCUCAAAGAGUUGGAGGACAUGUUCUUUACAAGAAGAAUGGAGAACAUAUUAUGCUUUCCUAUCCCUUAGAGAAGUUCCAGGCAGUAGAUGCAUCGGGGAGAUGUUUCCACAAUGGACGUUUCGUUCAGAAGAUGAGGGAAAAAGCUGCCACCCUCCCCAAUGUAAGACUUGAAAAGGGAACAGUCACGUCUUUGAUUGAAGAAAAGGGAAGUGUGAAAGGAGUAAAUUACAAGACAAAAGAUGGACGAGAGCUAACUGCUUAUGCUCCUCUUACAAUUGUUUGCGAUGGUUGCUUCUCAAAUUUGCGACGCUCCUUAUGCAAUCCCAAGAUGGAUAUCCCUUCUACUUAUGUUGGAUUAAUUCUAAAAGAUUGUCAACUCCCAUAUGCAAACCACGGAGUUCUUGUCAUGUCAGACCCAUCACCAGUAACAUUUUAUCCAAUCAGCAGCACUGAGAUUCGUUGUCUGGUUCUUAUUGCUGGUCAAAAAGUACCUUCCAUCGCUAAUGGAGAAAUGGUCAAUUAUUUGAAGAAUGUGGUCGCUUCUCAGGUACCUAGUGAAUUGAGGGAUGCAUUAAUAAGAGCGAUUGGCGAGGAAAACAACAUAAGAAGAAUGCAAUUCAGAAGCAUGGCAGCAAAUACUUGUACAAUUCCAGGUUCUCUUCUAAUAGGAGACGCCUUCAAUAUGAGGCAUCCUUUAUCAGCUGGAGGAAUGACUGUCGCUCUUUCCGACAUUGUUGUCCUUCGCCAUCUUCUUAAACCUCUCCCUAAUUUUACUGAUGCAAACGCUGUUCUUCAACGCUUUUACACUCUUAGAAAACCGGUUGCAUCAACAAUAAACAUAUUGGCUGGUGUAACAUACCAAGUUUUCAGUCCUUCACUUGAUCCAUCAAGAAAAGAGAUUAGGGAAGCAUUUUAUGGUUAUUUAAGGCUUGGAGGGAUUUUUACAAAUGGAGCAAUUGGUUUACUUGCUGGCCUAAAUCCAACGCCUCUCGGCUUCGCUUUUCAAUUCAUUGCUGUGGCAGUAUAUACUUUUGGUCGAUUAUUGCUUCCGUUUCCUACUCCCAACGCCAUUUUGCGCGGGGCCAGAUUGCUUUAUGUCGCAAUUGAUAUGAUAUUCCCCAUUAUUAAAGCAGAAGGAAUUAGACAAAUGUUCUUCCCAGCUAGCCUUCCAGCCUACUAUAGUGCACCUGCAUUAGCUCAUAAAAGUGACCAAUAAUGCCACGAUUCCAAAACUCUGGCAGAUAUUAUAUAUUAUAUUAUAUUAUAUUAUAUUAUUAAUAAGAGACAAUAAUACCAUGUAAUUAAAAGAGGACUAGUUCAAAACUUAUGAGUUAUGAAGAUUGAGAUAGGAUAAUAAAUCUUCACUUCUCUUCCUAUAAAUUAAAUUGAUGCUACAAGCUAAAAUUUGAAUGUAAACUAAAUUGCCUAAGACUAGUCGUGAGUUUAAUUAAUAGUUACUCAUGACUAUA